CUCCGCAUCAGCGGUGCAGCGGCUUUUCCAGUCUAUCCGGGAUUUGCAACCUGACCCUUAAGGAACUGGACGGUUGGACGGACAUCCUCGAGGUUGCCAUGAGCGAAAUCUCGGCUCGCUCCUGACACGCUCGUCUAGUUCAGCAGCAAAGGAGCCACGCGUGGCCCAGCCGGGCAUUUUGAAACUAUCCCGAAGAGAGGAAAGCUCGCCUGGCAAGGCGCUGGAGAGUCUUGGGACAACGUGGGAUUUCCGCCUGUAAAUUCAUGGAAACGUGUGGAACGAAGUGGAAAGCCAAAGCUGCCCGUGCGUCUCUGGCUUUGCAGUCGUAAGAACUGCCGCCUUCCCCCUCUUCCCCCCCACCCCUCUACUUCUGCGCGCGCUGCGUGUUCCAAAGCGACCAGCUGGUGGUGCAAAUUCCACUUUGAAGGGAGAGAGGAGAGGAUCGGAAUGACCGCCGAGAUUUGAUACUAACAAGCGCAGAAUUGGUUGCCCAUUGAUCACCUUUUUCUAGGCAAUGGUGUUAUCUAAAGUCUUCUGAUGUUGGAGUCGCAGCUGGAAUAUCUACAACUGAAACAGAAGGCAGAACUGUCCAUGCUUGCCAGAUCCACUGGACCUUUCAACUAUGGCUGGAGACAAAUCUCUCUUUGUGGGCAUGUAAUGUACUUAUGAUCCAGUGAUUAUUCUAUGCAGAUUCCUAAUCUCAUCUGUCCAGUUCAGUGAGAUGAUGGAGCAUAGACGCCCGCGCCGCCAGCGGGCCUCCGAGAUUAUUCGCAAGCAGAAACGUAAAGAGCUGGAUGCCCGACGCAGCAAGUGCCGAAUCCGUAUCGGAAGCCAGCUGGAGCAGUGGUGUCAGCUCAAAGAGCAGCUGGGUUUUUCUCUCCAUUCCCAGCUGGCGAAAUAUCUUCUUGACAGGUACAGUUCACAUGCCUCAGUAUUGAAAACAGGAUCAGACAGCUCCUGUGCUGAUCCCAUCGCUUUUCCUUCGGAGGCAUUGCAAUGUCUGGUUGUCCUUUCUCACAACCACAGCCAGGAAUGUGGCUUCAUCCCUAAUGUGAAGACUGCUGUGCUGGAGCAGGAGAGAGUCUGCAGCCAGCUGGAAUGGGAGUGCCUGGCUGGUCACACCUUCGCCUGGAGUCUCCCUGCCUCAAAGAUCAGCCCGCCACCCUUUUGCCAAACAGUUGCUGGUGGCAGAGAGGAGCAAGAGGAGGAAGCAAACACUACCAAACUUAGUUCCCCACCCUCUCCGGUCACCAGAUGCCGGCGCUCCCUCCGCAAGGCAGCAGCAGCCCAUGCCAUUUCGUUAGCACUUGCUUCCAGCUCGCCCUGUCCUGUGGACGAGCCAGAACCAUCUUCCCAAGAGGACGAGGAAUGUGUUACAGACAGAGAGAGGACGAUGUGUUUGUCUCCUGCCAGUCUGCCAGGUCUGGACAAGGAGACAGAAUUAGUGUGCAAUACAAAUUCGGAUGAAAGAGAAGCUGCACCAGAUGAGAUUCCAGAUAGCACUGAAGCUCCAGGACCAGAAAGGAUUUUAACUCUGCUAGAGGAGACACCAGAAUCAGUGUCUGGUCCACCAGAGGAGGAGGAAGCAGAAGAUUUCACAGAGGAAGAUAACAUGAUAUACAUGGAUGACCUGCGAGAUGAAAAUUAUCAGCCUUCCUUGGAUAGCUGCAGGAAGCAGGCACAGCCAGGAGAUGAAGACAUGUCCCAAAUUGGUCCUAAGAGAAUCAGGAAGGCAGCCAAGCGAGAAAUUCUCCUUUGUGACUAUGAUGGUUGUGGGAAAAUUUUCUCCAAUCGCCAAUACUUGAAUCACCAUAAGAAGUACCAGCAUGUUCACCAAAAGACCUUUACCUGUUCUGAUCCAAGUUGUGGCAAAUCCUUCAACUUCAAGAAACAUCUCAAGGAACAUGAGAAACUGCACAGUGAUAAAAGGGACUACAUAUGUGAGUUCUGUGCCCGUUUCUUCCGAACAAGCAGUAAUUUAAUUAUCCACAGGCGGAUCCACACCGGAGAAAAACCCCUACAGUGUGAGAUCUGUGGUUUCACCUGCCGCCAAAAAGCAUCCUUGAACUGGCACAUGAAAAAGCAUGACGCCGACUCCUUCUACCAGUUCUCCUGCGACCUUUGUGGCAAGAAGUUUGAGAAGAAGGACAAUGUUACUGCGCACAAGAGUAGGAGCCAUCCUGAGGGGGCCACUGGGCCUCCCCCACCAACGCAGGAGCCUCCCCCUCUGAGCUCUCCACUUGCAGAAGAGCCAAUGGCAAACCCGGUUCAGGCUCAGCUGUGUGACAUGGGGGAAAAGGUGGAGCCUCCUGCCCUUGCAAUUACCGUCAUCAUUGAAUAGGGGACCAAGCAGAAGGAGAAAAAGCAAGAGUAGAGAGAAUUCCUGACAUUUCCUGUAGGCCAGUUGCAUUACGUCAGCAGGUUGCAAAAUCAGUAAAGACACAUGGGCCCUAGCCUCUUAAAACAAGGUCCCAUCAAUCACAAUCUUUCUCUCAGCUCCUCUGGGCUCAGUUCUGGAAUAAAAGGACAAUCUUGGCAAUCUGCCUUGGCUGACUCCAGAA